GCACGCUGUUAGCAGCAAGUGCUGUUAAAGUCGCGCAUGUUUAGUGUCAAAAAAAAAACAAUAAGCCGACUGAUUUUGCGAAAUUUUCGCUUAUUUGUAAACAAGGUGUAAUUUUCUUAAUGAAAUGGCUACCGAAGAGGAACAGCUCAGUCAGGUUAUUCUGCCGGUGAAGGAGCCCCUGGAUCUCAUCCGGCUGAGCUUGGAUGAAAAGGUGUACGUGAAGAUGCGGAACGAACGGGAGCUGCGAGGACGCCUGCAUGCCUUCGAUCAGCAUCUGAACAUGGUUUUAGGCGACGCCGAGGAGACGGUGACUACCGUAGAGAUCGACGAGGAGACCUAUGAGGAGGUGUACAAGACGGCGAAACGCACCAUUCCCAUGCUGUUUGUGCGAGGCGACGGUGUUAUCCUGGUGUCGCCACCCAUGCGAGUGGGCUAGUGCGAGUCUGAUUUAGUUUCACGUGUAUUCACACCUGCAUUUAUACGAAUUGUAUCUGUAUAGGUUAAUAAAUGUCAUAAAAAAACGUU